AUGUUGCAGAUCAUCCGGGAAAUGCUGGAGCAUCGUGUUGGGCUAACGAAUGGAAGGAUGCGGACCGUAGCUUUUGGCGAUACCGACAUUGAGAAUCAACCACAACAUAUCGAUCUGGCGACACAAACCGGGGCGCUGACCGUGCUUGAAAGUGCAUCCAACGCUGCCCUUCAUAUGCAGGCCAUCUUUCACAAAUAUGUUGCCAAGGAAUUCGGUCCGGAAAUCGACACGACGUUUUUUCGAUUCGAACCUCCACAUAACGAUGUGGUGCUGAUGAUCCGGAGACAUCUUCCUGAUGCACGGCUUGCUCAAUUACUCAGGGACGGCAUUUUUAUGGAACCGACUAAUUCCGACUAUUUUCGUCGUCGUCUAUGUUCUGUCGAGCAAGUGACCAUGUCGCUUAUCAGCUUCCCAGCCGGAAACACUCGCAAGAAUUUCCAU